GGCAUUCGCAUCCGCAGCUCUCCCAUUCUAUGGCAGACGAUUCGACGCCUGCUGCACGGUCUUCCAAAGUUUCAAGGAAAUUGCCAAUCAAAGGCAUGGAAAACGUUGUAGCUACGGUAACUGGCUACACCGGCUUGGAGCGAUUCAACCUCAUCAAACUGAUUUCUUUGGCCGGCGGUAAUUAUGUCGGUAGAAUGAGUAGAUCAGUCACUCAUCUCGUUUGUUGGAAAUAUGAUGGAACAAAAUACAAGCUCGCUAGACAGUUUGAGACUCUGGUAGUUAAUCAUCAGUGGAUUGAGGAUUGUAUCAAGGAAGGAAGACGUCUUCCAGAGGAUCCAUAUACUCUGCAGUGUGGGCAACAAGUGGGGCCAUUAUCAAUAACUAUUCCUUUUAGUUCUGAUGUGGUGAGACAUCCCCGUCUGCAGAAUGACCGAAACGAGAAUUUGUUGCCUAAGCUGGAGCAAAGCAGGCAUAGAUUGAAGAGAAAAAUUAGCAGAGGAAGUCCAAAGCAGGAAAACUCUUCUGCUAGUACAUACCGUUGCACUGAACCUUAUUCACCCAGCAUUCAAAGGGAAGAGAUUGAGGUAUUACAUUCUCCUCAGCAUCCAAUCUUUUUGAGUCAGAAGAAGGGAAAAUCUGCUUCACUUGAAACAUCUCGCAGAAGUCAUAGGCGCAGGCUAGUGAAGAAAAAUAUGAGAAAAGAGACUUUGGACAUAAUUUCAGAUUCUGAGGAAGAAAUGUCAAGACAAAAAGAUUUUCAUGAGCAGUACUGCAGUGGAGCUGUUUCUAAUAGUUCUGUUCAGGGGGAAGAAUGCAGAUUGAGUGCUAGGGUCACAUGUGACUCUACCGGGUAUCAAUCUGGGCAAAAGAGAUCUGAAGCUCUGACUAAUAUGCAGGACAUUGAUAAUGUGAUUGAUGUCCUUGAUAUUCAUGAUGACAUUUUAGAUGUAAAUGGUGCCUCAUCUUAUCAUGUUAGAGAUGCUGAUGCAAAUGGUAAUGACAUUGAACAAUCUACCAGAUUGCCCGCAUCAACGGAAUUGUCUUGUGUCAUUUGUUGGACAGAGUUCAGUGCAACUAGAGGACUUCUGCCAUGUGGCCACAGAUUUUGUUUCUCUUGCAUCCAGAGCUGGGCAGAUCAUGCGACUUCAAGCAGGAAGACUUCAACAUGUCCUCUGUGCAAGGCUAGUUUUGUCAUCAUAACAAAGGUGGAUAAUGCUGUCUCUUCAGAUCAAAAAAUAUAUUCACAAACUGUUCCUCAUGAUGAUCCAAGGAUGGGCAUAUAUAUUCUUGAUGGUGGGGAAGCACCGAGUAUUCCUUCUAGUUCAUCAGGAGCACCGGUAUGUUGCCACUGCUCUCGUCGAGAACCAGAGGAUCUUCUAGAAAGAUGUGAUGUUUGCCAGAUUCAACGCGUUCAUAUCUUUUGCCUGGAUCCUCCAGCUUUUCCGUGGAUUUGUGCUAAUUGCAAGGAUCUACAGAGGCUGUACCUUUACCGCCGUUAAUCUGUUAAUAUCUCUCGAUUAUUGCAUUAGGAUGAAAGGAUAUUAGCUUUCUAGUUACGACACUUUUGUUCGUACAGUACAAAUAUAUUUUGGAUUUCAUUAAAAAGUUGAUUCGCAAGUGAAUUCCCCCUGACUAAUAACGAUAUGAGUAGCCAGGAUGCGAUAACUGUUCUAGAGAAGGUUGUAAAUGCGAUCAGUUUGCUUUAAGCGGUUCUCUUGGCUGACAUGACUGUCAACCUGGUGUGUUUGGACAUGUAUUGUG